AUGUCCAGUCUCCGGCGCCUCGACGGCAGCGCGUCCUCGGGCGGCGGCGGCAGCUCCGCGCUCAACAUCGCGCUGGGCACGGUCACGGGCGUCAUCGUGCUCGUGAUCCUGAUCUUGUACUGCCACCAGCAGCGCAAGUCGCGCCAGCGGCGAGAGGCGCGGCGCAUCCGCCGGCAACAGCAGAGCCAAGCCAAGACGGGCGACGGGUACAUGGACGCGGACAACAACCGCACGAUCAACUUCAAUAUGAUGGGCCAGCAGCCCAAGGCGGAAGGCGACGACAUUUACAUCAUGCAGGGCGGCGACGACGGGCAUGGCGACGACUAUGACGGCUACCGCAACAACAAGCCGAAGGCCAAGAAGCCGACGCCGAAGCAAGCGCCGUUCAAGAUGGACCAGGACCUCCUCGAUGCCAAGGUCGACUAUAGCAUGAUCCAGUACACGCGCAAGCUUAGCAAGGGCGCGUUUGGCGAGGUCUGGCUUGGCCAGUACCAAGGCCGGUACGUCGCGAUCAAGCAGAUUCUGGAAGAGCGCAAGACGGACGCCAAGGAGAUCGAGUGCUUUGUCGCGGAAAUCAAGCUCAUGGCCAACUUCAAGCACCCGAACAUUGUCGACUUUCUCGGCCUUUCGUGGAACCAGGACGCCAACUUGUGCGCGCUCACCGAGUACAUGAAGAACGGCGACCUCUUUGUCUACCUUCAGAAGCGCAAGGCGACGCUGACGUGGAAGAAGGACAAGCUCGCGAUCGCCCUUGACAUUGCGCAGGCGCUCGUGUACCUGCAUGCGCUCACGCCCAAGGUCAUCCACCGCGAUCUCAAGUCCAAGAACGUCCUCUUGGAUGAGAACUGCACGGCCAAGCUCAGCGACUUUGGCAUCUCGCGGCUGCGUCAGCUCGAGGAGACGAUGACGGCCGGCGUCGGUACGGCGCUCUGGGCGGCCCCCGAAGUCUUUUUGGCCAAGAAGUACAACGACCGCGCCGACGUCUACUCGCUCGGCGUCGUGCUCUCGGAGCUCGACACGUGCGCGAUCCCGUACGCCGACCAAGCGAUUGGCAAGAAUGGCAAGCUCGAUGGCAUGGCCGUCAUCAAGCUCGUGACGCAGCAGAAGGCCAAGCCGACCUUUAGCCCGAGCUGUCCGGACGUGGUCCGGGACCUCGCGUUCCGCUGCUUGGACUACGAGCCCGAGAACCGACCGAGCGCCGCCGAAGUCGUCGUGCUCCUGAAGGACCGUGUCCGACCCGCGCUCGAUUACGAACCGUACUAGUGCAGUAGGAAUCCCUGUGUAGCCGCCACCAAUUAACAGUCAAGAAAUACCCCAAGCUUUAUAAAAAUCCAC